AUGCUGCCGAAGAGGCUGGUGGCGCAGGAGGGAGGGCACGUCCCUGAGCGCGUUUCCUUCGCCCCGUCUCCCCAGGUGCGCAAGCACAUCAAUGACCUGUACGAAGACCUGCGAGAUGGCCACAACUUGAUCUCUCUCCUGGAGGUCCUGUCAGGAGUGAAACUGCCGCGUGAGAAGGGCCGGAUGCGUUUCCACAGGCUCCAGAACGUGCAGAUUGCCCUGGAUUUCCUGAAGCAGCGGCAGGUGAAACUGGUGAACAUUCGCAAUGAUGACAUUACGGAUGGCAACCCCAAACUCACCCUGGGGCUCAUAUGGACGAUUAUCCUCCACUUCCAGAUCUCCGAUAUCUACAUCAGUGGAGAGUCGGGGGAUAUGUCGGCCAAGGAGAAGCUGCUCCUGUGGACGCAGAAGGUGACAGCAGGUUACAUUGGAGUGAAGUGCACCAACUUCUCCUCAUGCUGGAGCGAUGGGAAGAUGUUCAAUGCCCUCAUCCACAGAUACAGGCCAGAUCUGGUGGACAUGGAGAGGGUGCAAAUACAGAGCAACCGAGAGAAUCUGGAGCAGGCCUUUGAGAUUGCAGAGCGGCUGGGAGUCACUCGGCUGCUGGAUGCAGAAGAUGUGGACGUCCCAUCUCCAGAUGAGAAGUCUGUGAUAACUUAUGUGUCUUCAAUCUACGAUGCCUUUCCCAAAGUCCCCGAGGGAGGAGAAGGGAUCAGUGCUAUCGAAGUGGAUUCGAGGUGGCUUGAAUACCAGAACCGUGUGGAGUCUCUCAUUUCAUGGAUCAAGCAGCACACGAUACUCAUGUCGGAUAAAUCAUUUCCCCAGAACCCUGUAGAACUAAAGGCACUUUAUAAUCAGUACAUACACUUUAAAGAAACUGAAAUCCCAGCGAAAGAGCAGGAGAAAGGAAGGACAGAGGAGCUGUACAAACUGUUAGAGGUAUGGAUUGAAUUUGGCCGCAUCAAGUUGCCCCAGGGUUACCACCCCAACGAUGUAGAGGAGGAGUGGGGCAAGCUCAUCAUAGAGAUGCUGGAGCGUGAGAAACUCCUGCGGCCAGCAGUGGAGAGGUUGGCGCUGCUGCUACAAAUCGCUAACAAAAUUCAGAAUGGUGCUCUGAGCUGCGAAGAAAAACUCACUCUCGCGAAGAACACACUGCAAGCUGACGCUGCUCACCUGGAGUCUGGCCAGCCAGUGCAGUACGAAUCCGACGUGGUCAUGUAUCUACAGGAGUGCGAGGGGCUCAUCCGCCAGCUACAGGUGGAUGUGCAGAUCCUUCGGGAUGAGAAUUACUACCAGCUGGAGGAGCUGGUGUUCAGGAUCAUGCGGCUGCAAGAUGAGCUGGUGACGCUGAGACUCGAGUGCACUAACCUGUACAGGAAAGGCCACUUUUCCACCCUGGAGCUGGUACCCACCUCCACGCUGAGCACGAUGCACUUGAAAGGCGAGUCGCUGACCAAAGGGCUGCACACCUCGUCUACCUCCUGGUUCCGGAAGCCCAUGACCAGAGCAGAGCUGGUGGCCAUCUCCUCUUCUGAAGAUGAAGGCAGCCUCCGAUUUGUGUAUGAGCUGCUGGCAUGGGUGGAAGAAAUGCAGAUGAGGCUGGAGCGGGCAGAGUGGGGGAGCGACCUACCAAGUGUGGAGUCCCAGCUGGAGACCCAGCGGCACGUCCACACCAGUGUGGAGGACCUGGGCUCCAGCGUAAAGGAGGCCCGGAUGUAUGAGGGUAAAAUGUCUCAGAAUUUCCGCGCUAGCUACACGGAAACACUUGGCAAGCUGGAGACGCAGUACUGCAAGCUGAUGGAAACCUCGAGCUUCCGCCUGAGACAUCUUCAGAGCUUGCACGGGUUUGUGUCUCGAGCCACUGCUGAGCUGAUUUGGUUGAAUGAGAAGGAGGAAGAGGAACUAGCAUACGACUGGAGUGACAACAACCCUAAUAUUGCAGCCAAGAGGAAUUAUUUCUCGGAGCUGACCAUGGAGCUGGAAGAGAAGCAGGACAUCUUCCGGUCCCUCCAAGAUACAGCCGAGCUGCUGUCCCUGGAGAAUCAUCCAGCCAAGCAAACUGUAGAGGCCUACAGUGCUGCCGUGCAGACUCAGUGGCAGUGGAUUAAGCAGCUCUGCUUGUGUGUGGAGCAGCAUGUGAAGGAGAACGCUGCCUACUUCCAGUUCUUCAGUGAUGCCCGGGAGUCGGAGACCUACCUGCGGAGCCUGCAGGACUCCAUCAAAAGGAAGUAUUCGUGUGACCACAACACGAGCCUGACCCGGCUGGAGGACCUGCUCCAGGACUCCAUGGACGAGAAGGAGCAGCUUAUUCAGUCGAAGAGCUCCGUCGCCAGCCUGGUGGGACGAUCCAAAACUAUCGUGCAGCUCAAGCCCAGGAACCCGGACCACCUUGUGAAGAGCACAAUCCCAAUCAAGGCCGUUUGCGACUAUCGGCAGAUUGAGAUCACCAUCUGUAGGAACGAUGAGUGCGUGCUCGAAGACAAUUCUCAGAGGACCAAGUGGAAGGUGAUCAGUCCCACAGGCAAUGAGGCCAUGGUGCCCUCUGUGUGCUUCCUGAUCCCCCCUCCGAACAAAGAGGCCAUUGAGAUGGCUAACAGGAUAGAGCAGCUGUAUCAGAAGGUGAUGGCUCUGUGGCACCAGCUCCACAUGAACACGAAGAGCCUCAUCUCCUGGAACUACUUGCGGAAGGACAUUGCCCUGGUGCAAAGCUUCAACAUGGAGAAGCUCAGAUCCUUAGCGCAAGGGGAGUGCCAGCAAGCCAUGAAGAGCCUCCAGGCGCACUAUGAAGACUUCCUGCAGGACAGCCGCGACUCGGAGCUCUUCUCUGUGUCCGACCGGCUGCGCUUGGAAGAGGAAGUCGAGUCUUCCAAGGAACAUAUCCGGCAUCUGCUGGAGUCUAUGGAGAACGAAGACAAGGAUGAGACUGCUGCCAGAACGUAUCUGUCCGAGCUCAAGAAUGUCCGUCUGCGCUUGGAGGAGUGUGAGCAGAGACUAGUGAGCCGAAUCCAGUCCCCAAGCAGCAUCCGGGCAGAUGGUGACACUAUCCAGGAAAACACCAUCCGCAUUGCAGAGCAGGAGCGCAUGCAGGAGGAUCUCCAGCGGCUGAAAUCUGACCUGCGGCACAUUUCCGAGAGAUGUUACAGUUUCCUCAACAAAGCUCCAACGGGGUCCAGCACCCCGCAUUUGCGUUCCGAACUUGAGUUGGUGGUCAAUAAGAUGGAUCAGAUGUAUGGGCUCUCUUCCAUCUACCUGGACAAGUUAAAGACAGUUGAUGUUAUUAUUCGUAACACCCAAGGAGCAGAGUCUCUGGUCAAAGGAUAUGAAGUUAAGCUGAGCCAAGAGGAGGCAGUCCCAGCUGAUCUGACAGCUAUUCAGUCUCACAGAACGACAUUACAGCAAUGGCUCAGUGAAGUGAAGGACAAGAGCUCUGUGUUCUCCACGUUAGAGGAGGAAAUAGCAAAGGCUAAGGUGGUGGGAGAGCAGCUGUACCGUCUAAGACAAGAGCGCAGCAUCGACCUCGAGCGCUAUCAGGAGAAGGGAAGCCAGCUGUGGGAUCGCUGGCAGAGAGUCUGCACGCAAAUCGAGACCCGCCAUGCAGAGCUGGAAAGCAUCCAAGAGGUGCUCAAUGACUACCGCCAGUGCCACAGCGCCCUAAUCCAUUGGAUCGAGGAGAUCACCACCCAGCAGGAACUGAUGAAACCGGGGCAAGCGGAAGACAGCAGGGUGCUGUCAGAGCAGCUGAGCCAGCAAACCGCUUUGGCAGCAGAAAUUGAGAAAAAUCAAGCCAAACUGGACCAGUGUCAGAAAUUCUCUCAGCAAUACUCGGCUGCUGUCAAGGAUUAUGAGUUGCAGCUCAUGACGUACAGGGCGUUUGUCGAAUCACAGCAGAAGUCUCCCAUGAAGCGCCGGCGCAUGCUUUCUUCCUCGGAUGCUAUCACGCAGGAGUUUAUGGAUUUGCGGACUCGCUAUACAGCUCUGGUAACAUUAACGACACAGCAUGUGAAGUACAUCAGUGAUGCGCUCCGGCGGUUGGAGGAAGAAGAGAAAGUAGUGGAGGAAGAGAAGCAGGAGCAUGUGGACAAGGUGAAGGAGCUCCUGGGCUGGGUCUCCGGUUUGAGGCAGAGCGUGCAAGGCAGGACUGCUGCUGCCAGGAGCAGGGAGCUGGGAGACAUUGAGAAAUCAAUCUCAGAGCAGCAGGCUCUGAAUGAGGAGCUGACUGCAAAGAAGGAGCAGGUCUCUGAGGCCAUCAAAACUUCCCAAAUCUUCCUGGCAAAACACAGCCACAAGCUUUCCCAUCAGGAGAAGGAACAGAUUUCCGCUCAGAUCGGUGCUCUGAAGGAGACCUACCAGGCGCUCUGCAGUGAUUCCACUGAGCAGCUCCAGCAGCUCCAGAGCCAGCUGGCUCAGGAGACAGAGCACAAGACGCUGCAGGAGCAGCAGGCAGCUCGCACGCAGAACCUGGAGGAGCUGUGCGCCUGGCUGAGUGAGGCAGAGUAUGCGCUGGUGGAGCAGCCAAGAGCAGCCGGCGAAGGCGACCUGUCUGAGUUGCAGCAGAGGCAAAGCAGUGUUAAGGAGCUGCAGAGGAACAUGCACACCCGGGCUGCCUCCUUCGCCGGCAUCCUGAAAACCACAGAGCAGUUCUUGGAGGAGAACAAGGCGAAGAUGGAGCCUGGGGAGCUGGCAGCGCUGCACGAGAAGCUGCAGCGUGCCAAGGAGCAGUACCAGUCCCUGCAGGAGAGAACAGAGAUGGCCCAGAAGGAGCUGGAGAGCGCCGUGACUGCUGCGGUGCAGCAGGAGACUGAAAAGGUGAAAGCUGCCAAAGAGCUGGAAGAGAACAGGAAUAAGAUCGAUUCCCUUUUGAACUGGGUGGCAUCACUGGAGCCGAAAGGAGGGCUCCUGGAGUACAGGCUGCACCCCAUCGAGCAAGCACCGGGAGCGCAAGCGGGAAAGGGUGCUCAGGAUGCUCCUGAUGGCCGUGUCAUGGGAGCUGACAGCACUGCCGACGGCCUGGAUGAGCAGUACGAGAGGCUGAAGGCACAGCACCAGGAGCUGCUGUCCCAGCAGCAGGACGUCAUCCUGGCGACACAGGCGGCGCAGGCUUUCCUGGACAAGCAGGGCCACAACCUCACGCCGGAGGAGAGGGAAGCGCUCCAGGGCCGGCUGACAGAGCUGAAGGACCAGUACACGGCUUCGUUCUCGCAGUCGGAGACACAGCUGAAGCAAGUGCAGGUGCUGCGGGACGAGCUGCAGAAGUUCUUGCGGGACCACGGAGAAUUUGAGGCCUGGCUGAAGCAAGCGGAGCAGGAAUUGGAAGGGAUGUGCAAAGGGGACAGCGACCCAGCAUCUCUCCGGCAGCUGCUGCUCCGGCAGGGAAGCUUCUCGGAAGAUGUCAUCUCUCACAAAGGGGACCUGCGGUUCAUUACCAUGUCGGGACAGAAGGUGCUGGAUGCAGAGGGAGCUGCCAAGGACGGAGGGGCCCAGUCACUGACAUCUGGAAGCGUGGUCAAGAGCAAGCUGGAGGACGCGACACAGCGAUACACCACGCUGCACUCCAAGUGCACCAAGCUUGGCUCCCAUCUAAACACCUUGCUGGAUCACUACCAGCAGUUCCAGGAGGUGGCAGAGUCUCUCAGGACGUGGCUGCAGGAGAGCGAAGCAGCUGUUAGGAAACUCCUCUCAGAGACGGUUUCUUCAGAUCCUGCUGUUCUGCAAAAGCAGCUCGCUAGUGCUAAGCAGCUGCAAGGAAACCUGGCUGAGCACCAAGUGCCAGUGGAGAAGCUCCAGAAAGCGGCUCAUUCCCUGCUGGAGAUACAAGGAGAGCCAGCCCCUGACCACGGACACGUUCAGGAAACCACAGAUGCCAUCGUGAGCCAUUUCCAGAGCCUUUCCCAGCAGAUGGCAGAGCGCUCCGAUCUGCUGCAGAAAUCCAUUGCCCAGUCCCAAAGCGUCCAGGAGAGCCUGGAAAGUCUCCUCCAGUCCGUGGCUGAGAUCGAGAAGAGCCUGGAGGGAGAGCAGCCGACUGCUCUUUCCUCUGCCUCCGUCCAGGACUCGCUUGCUACAAAUGCGAAGCUGAAGCAGGACAUCGCCAGGCAGAAGAGCUGCCUGGAAGCUACCCGUGAGAUGGUGACGCAGUUCAUGGAGACAGCAGACAGCACCACGGCCUCUGCCCUGCAGGGGAAGUUGGCAGAGGUGACGGAGCAUUUUGGCAGGCUGUGCCAGCAGCAGCAGGAGAAGGAGGAUGCACUCAAGGGCCUCCUGCCCAAGGUUGAGCAGUACGAGCAGCUCUCAGAGAAGUUGCAGCAGUUCAUGGAGAGCCGAGCUCGGAUGUUGGCAUCCGGGAACCAGCCGGACCAUGACAUUGCUCACUUCUCCCAGCACAUCCAGGAACUGAAUGCGGAGAUGCGGCAGCACCAGGAGGACCUGGACACCUUGGAGCACCUGGCGGCCGAGCUGGCCUCCUGUGGCUUCCCCCUGGGCACCUCCCAGCAGCAGGAGAAGGUGCAGAGCCUGAAGAAAGACUUCCUGCAGCUGCAGAAGGUGGCGAAAGAGAGAGAAAAGGAUGCGUCAUCCUGCCAGGAGCAACUGGACGAUUUCCGAAAGUUGGUUGGAGUCGUGAGGAAGUGGCUGAAGGAGAGCGAAGGGAACGUGCCAUCCGCAGAGACCUCCCUGGGCACCCAGGAGCUGCAGAAGCGCAUGCGGCAGCUCCAGGCUCACGCUCGGGAUUGCGUUGGCCUCACACAACGGCCAACGCUUGCUUGAGAGCUGAGUGCCGAUGUUCAUCGCUCGCUGUCUGCACUCCUAACACGUCUGUCUUGUCCUUCUGUCCGUCCCCGUCCCCUCUGCUCAGGUUCUGUGCUGCCCGCGCUGGGAGGGUCGGUAGGCAGUGUGAACGGAUACCACACUUGCAAAGAUCUGACAGAAAUCCAGUGUGACGUGUCGGACGUGAACCAGCAGUACGAGGGCCUUGGUGUGGCGCUGCGGGAACGCCAGCAGCAGCUCUCGGCUAUGCUGGAGAAGAUGCAAGAAGUGCAGGAGGAGGCAAGUUCGAUGCUGAAGUGGCUGGAAUCGAAGGAACGGACCUUGUCUGAGCUGGAGGCUUCUUCCUCGCCUACCAAGACAGAGACGAUGAGAGCCCAGGCUGAGCACAACAAGGCCUUCCUGGCUGAAUUGGAACAGAAUUCAGGGAAGAUCCAGAAGGUAAAGGAAGCACUUUCUGAUUUGCUGGAGAAAUAUCCAGAUUCUCCAGAAGCAGCAAAUUGGAAGAAGAUGCAGGAAGACCUGAGGGCAGGCUGGCGGGUGGCGCGACCACUGCCAACGCAGCCGCUGGAGGAAUCGGCGAACCAGCUGGCCAGCUUCCAGGCUGCCGAAGCACAGCUGCGCCCCUGGCUCCUGGAGAAGGAGCUCAUGAUGAGCGUGCUGGGACCCCUCUCCAUCGACCCGAACAUGCUGAACGCACAGAAGCAGCAGGUCCAGUUUAUGCUGAAGGAAUUUGAAGCUCGCAGACAACAGCAUGAGCAGCUCAACCAGGCAGCUCAGAGCAUCUUAACUGGCCCUGGAGAUGUUUCUCCAUCAACUAACCAGGUGCGGGAAGAGCUCCAAGGGGUUAAUCAGAAAUGGUCUGAGCUAACAGAACGCCUCAACUCCCGCUCCAGCCAAAUUGACCAAGCCAUAGUGAAGAGCACCCAGUACCAGGAACUGCUCCAGGGCCUGUCUGAGAAGGUGAAGGCGGUUGGGCAGCGCCUGAGCAGCCAGUCUGCCGUCAGCACGCAGCCUGAUGCUGUGAAACAGCAGCUGGGGGAAACCAGUGAGAUCCGCUCUGACCUAGAGCAGCUGGAAGAGGAGAUCGCAGAGGCUCAGACCCUCUGUGAUGACCUGUCUGUUCUGAUUGGGGAGCAGUAUCUCAAAGAUGAGUUAAGGAAACGUUUGGAGACCGUGGCGCUUCCUCUCAAAGGGCUGGAAGACCUGGCAGCCGACCGGAUGAACCGACUGCAGACUGCACUUGCAAGUUCCCAGCAGUUCCAGCAUAUGUUUGAUGAACUCAGGACCUGGCUAGAUGACAAGCUCUGCCAGCAAGCUCAGAGCCAACCUAUUUCUGCUAAACUGGAGAGGCUGCAGAGCCAAAUUCAGGAACAAGAAGAGUUCCAGAAGAGCCUCAACCAACACAGUGGCUCCUAUGAGAUGAUUGUAGCCGAGGGAGAAUCUCUGCUGCUUUCUGUCCAGCCUGGGGAGGAAAAGACUAUUCUGCAAAACCAGUUGGUCAGCCUCAAAACACACUGGGAAGAGCUCAGCAAACAGGUUGCUGAUAGACACUCCAAGCUCAAGGACUGUUUGCAGAAGGCUCAAAAGUACCAACGACACACAGAGGACCUCCUCCCUUGGGUGGAGGACUGUAAGGCAAAGAUGUCGGAGCUGGAAGUAACUCUGGAUCCUGUGCAGCUGGAGGCAACUCUUCUGAGAUCAAAGGCUUUGCUGAGUGAUGUAGAGAAGCGCCGAUCCUUGCUGGAGAUGCUGAACAGUGCUGCCGACAUCCUAAUAGACGCUUCUCAAACCGAUGAGGAUGAUGUUCGGGAUGAGAAGGCUGGGAUCAAUCAGAAGAUGGAUGCCAUCACAGAAGAGCUGCAAGCCAAGACAGGCUCCAUUGAAGAAAUGUCACAGAGGCUCAAGGAGUUUCAAGAGAGCUUCAAGAACAUUGAGAAGAAGCUAGAAGGGGCUAAGCACCAGCUGGAGAUCUACGAUGCGCUAGGGCCACAAGCCUGCAGCAACAAGAACUUGGAGAAGCUCAGAGCACAGCACGAGGUGCUGCAGGCCCUUGAGCCACAAGUGGAUUAUCUGAAAAACUUCACUCAAGGACUAGUAGAGGAUGCCCCAGAUGGGUCUGACUGCUCCCAGCUCUUAUGCCAAGCUGAGGUGGCUCAGCAGGACUUCAAAGCUGUGAAGCAGAAAGUAAAUGAUUGCUGUAUGCUCAUGGAAAACAAGCUUGAAGGGAUCGGCCAGUUCAAUAAUCGGGUCAGGGAGAUGUUUUCUCAACUGGCAGAUCUUGAUGAUGAGUUGGACAGCAUGGGCCCCAUCGGGAGAGACUCUGACAGCCUUCAGUCUCAAGCAGAGGAUGUUCGUAUUUUCCUGGGCAAACUUCAACAGCUGAAGUCUGACAUUGAAGCUUCUGAAAAUGAAUGUAAGAAAAUGCUAGAGGACGAAGGGAGCCCUGAUUUAUUAGGACUGAAACGUGAACUGGAGACACUAAAUAAACAGUGCAGCAAACUGACCGAGAGAGGCAAGAACCAUCAAGAGCAGGUAGAAACGACACUGUCUCGUGUCGAGGACUUUUACAGCAGGCUGAAAGAGCUGACCCACAUGACAACCGCAGCAGAGGAGAACGAGGCGUUGCAGUGGGUGGUGGGCACAGAGGUGGAAACCAUCAACCAGCAGUUGGCGGACUUCAAGAUGUUCCAGAAGGAGCAAGUGGAUCCUCUUCAGCUGAAACUGCAGCAAGUGAAUGGCGUUGGUCAAGGGCUCAUCCAAAGCGCUGGCAAAAACUGCGACGUCCAAGGGCUGGAACAUGACAUGGAGGAAAUCAACACUCGCUGGAACACCCUCAACAAAAAGGUGGCUCAGAGGAUUGCCCAGCUGCAGGAGGCCCUGUUGCGCUGUGGGAAGUUUCAGGACGCCUUGGAGCCCUUACUGAGCUGGCUGGCAGACACGGAGGAGCUCAUCUCCAACCAGAAACCUCCCUCCGCUGAGUACAAGGUGGUGAAAGCCCAGAUCCAGGAGCAGAAGCUGCUCCAGCGACUUCUGGAUGAUCGCAAAGCCACAGUGGAGAUGAUUCAAGCCGAGGGUGGGAGGAUAGCACAGUCAGCCGAGCCGGCAGACAGGGAGAAGAUCGUCUGCCAGCUGGAGAGCCUCGAAAAUAGAUGGGCAGGACUGCUCAGCAGGGCGGCUGGCAGGCAGAAACAGCUGGAAGACAUCUUGGUUCUGGCUAAGCAAUUCCACGAAACCACGGAGCCUAUUUCAGACUGGCUGUCAGUGACGGAGAAGAAGCUGGCCAAUUCCGAGCCCAUUGGCACCCAGACUGCCAAAAUCCAGCAGCAGAUCAGUCGCCACAAGGCUCUAGAGGAAGAGAUAGAGAGCCACGCGGCUGAGGUGAAUCAGGCGGUCAGUGUCGGGCAGUGCCUCUCCUCCCUGAGCUGCGCUGCGGAGCAGAGGCUGCUGGCAGAGAAGCUAGACUCUCUGCAGGGCCGCUACGGCGAGAUCCGCGACCGGUGCUGCCGCAAGGCAGCGCUGCUCGAGCAAGCGCUGUCUAAUGCUAGGCUCUUUGGGGAGGAGGAGGUGGAAGUGCUCAACUGGCUGGCUGAGGUCGAGGACAAGCUCGGCUCGGUAUCCGUAAAGGAUUACAAACGGGACGUCCUGCAGAAGCAGCAUGCUGACCAGCUGGCUCUGAACGAGGAAAUUGUGAACAGAAAGAAGAACGUGGACCAAGCCAUUAGAAAUGGGCAAGCUCUUCUAAAGCAAACCACAGGGGAAGAAGUGUUGCUAAUCCAGGAGAAGCUGGAUGGGAUUAAGACCCGCUAUUCAGACAUCACAGCUACCAGCUCCAAGGCGCUCCGGACACUAGAGCAGGCUCGGCAGCUGGCCACCAAGUUUCAGUCGACACACGAGGAGCUGAACAGCUGGAUGAGCCAAGUGGAGGAAGAGCUCAUGUCCAGCGGAGGACAGUCACCUGCUGGCGAGCAGAUACCCCAAUUUCAGCAGAGACAAAAGGAGCUGAAGAAGGAGGUCAUGGAGCACAGGCUUGUCCUGGACACCGUGAACGAGGUGAGCCGAGCACUCCUGGAGCUGGUUCCCUGGCGAGCCCGCGAAGGGCUGGAUAAACUUGUGUCGGACACCAACGAGCGCUACAAGCUGGUCAGCGACACCAUCAAGCAGAGGGUGGAAGAAAUAGAUGCUGCUAUUCAGAGGUCUCAACAGUACGAGCAGGCUGCCGAUGCAGAGCUAGCCUGGGUUGCCGAGACCAAACGGAAGUUGAUGGCUCUAGGCCCGAUUCGUCUGGAGCAAGACCAGACGACAGCUCAGUUGCAGGUGCAGAAGGCUUUUUCCAUUGACAUUAUUCGGCACAAAGACUCGAUGGAUGAACUGUUCAGCCAGCGCAAUGAGAUCUUUGGGACAUGUGGGGAAGAGCAGAAAGCUGUUCUCCAGGAGAAAACGGAGUCCCUGGUGCAGCAAUACGAAGCCGUUAGCCAGCUCAACUCGGAGCGCUACGCUCGCUUAGAGCGUGCUCAGGUCUUGGUGAACCAGUUCUGGGAGACCUACGAAGAGCUGAAUCCUUGGAUUGAAGAGACGCAAGCCCUGAUUUCACAGUUGCCCCCUCCAGCGAUCGAUCCCGAGCAGCUCAAGCAGCAGCAGGAGGACAUGAGGCAACUGAGAGAGUCUAUCGCUGAGCAUAAGCCUCAUAUUGACAAACUGCUGAAAAUCGGACCGCAGCUCAGGGACCUCAACCCUGAGGAAGGGGAGAUGGUGCAGAAAAAAUAUGCAACUGCGGAAGCCAUGUAUGCCAAAAUCAAAGAGGAGGUGUGCCAGCGGGCCCUCGCCCUCGACGAAGCCGUCUCGCAAUCCACUCAGAUCACGGAGUUCCAUGAUAAGAUCGAGCCGAUGCUGGAGACGUUGGAGACCCUUUCCUCCCGGCUACACAUGCCACCGCUGAUCCCCGCAGAGGUCGAUAAGAUCCGGGAGUGCAUCAGUGAGAACAAAAAUGCCACCGUGGAGCUGGAGAAGCUGCAGCCCUCCUUCGAGGCUCUGAAACGCCGUGGCGAAGAGCUGAUCGGGAGAUCGCAGGGAGCAGACAAGGACCUGGCGGCAAAAGUAAUCCAGGAUAAGUUGGAUCAGAUGGUCUUCUUCUGGGAAGACAUCAAAGCUCGGGCUGAGGAACGUGAAAUGAAGUUCCUUGACGUCCUGGAGCUUGCAGAGAAGUUCUGGUACGACAUGGCAGCCCUCCUGACUACCAUCAAAGACACACAGGACAUUGUGCACGACCUGGAGAGCCCAGGCAUUGAUCCAUCCAUCAUCAAGCAGCAGGUGGAAGCGGCAGAGACUAUUAAAGAGGAAACGGAUGGCUUGCAUGAAGAGCUGGAGUUCAUUCGACUCCUUGGAACUGAUUUAAUUUUUGCCUGUGGCGAAACUGAGAAACCAGAAGUGAAAAAGAGCAUUGAUGAGAUGAACAACGCGUGGGAAAAUCUAAACAAGACUUGGAAGGAGAGGCUUGAAAAGCUCGAAGAAGCCAUGCAAUCGGCUGUGCAAUAUCAGGACACGCUUCAAGCAAUGUUUGACUGGCUGGACAACGCUGUGAUUAAACUCUGCAACAUGUCGCCUGUCGGCACUGACCUCAACACAGUUAAAGAGCAAAUGAACGAGAUGAAGGAGUUUAAAAUGGAGGUUUACCAGCAGCAGAUCGAGAUGGAAAAGCUUAAUCAUCAAGGUGAAUUGAUGCUAAAAAAAGCUACAGAUGAGACAGACAGGGACAUCAUAAAAGAGCCACUGACAGAGCUGAAACAUCUCUGGGAGAAUUUAGGCGAGAAAAUUGCUCACAGACAGCAUAAGCUAGAAGCUGCUCUUUUAGCACUUGGCCAGUUCCAACACGCAUUAGCAGAGCUGAUGGCCUGGCUAACCCAUACUGAGGAGUUGCUAGAUGCACAGAAACCAAUCAGUGGAGAUCCAAAAGUGAUCGAGGUUGAGCUCGCAAAGCACCACGUGUUGAAGAACGAUGUCUUGGCCCACCAAGCAACCGUGGAGACGGUGAACAAAGCAGGCAACGAACUCCUGGAGUCGAGCGCGGGAGAUGACGCAAGCAGCCUGCGAAGCCGCCUGGAGAAAUUGAACUCGUGCUGGGAGUCAGUGCUGCAGAAGACAGAGGAGAGGGAGCAGCAGCUGCAGUCGACGCUCCAGCAGGCCCAGGGUUUCCAUGGUGAGAUUGAAGACUUCCUCCUGUGGCUAACGAGGAUGGAGAGCCAACUGUCUGCAUCGAAACCCACAGGAGGUCUGCCAGAAACUGCCCGGGAACAACUUAAUGCCCACAUGGAGCUGUACAGCCAGCUGAAAGCCAAGGAGGACAUGUACAGCCAGCCUUCUGGCUCGAAGACGGAGCAGAGCGUAGCGCUGCUGGAGCAGAAAUGGUGCCUGGUCAGCACCAAGAUGGAGGAGAGAAAGUCGAAGCUGGAGGAAGCGCUCGCUCUGGCCACAGACUUCCAGAAUUCCCUCCAGGACUUCAUCAACUGGCUCACGCUGGCGGAGCAGAGCCUGAACAUCGCGCCCCCGCCCAGCCUCAUCCUGAACGCCGUGCUGGCCCAGAUCGAUGAGCACAAGGUGUUUGCCAAUGAAGUGAAUGCUCAUCGGGAUCAGAUCAUUGAGCUGGAUCAAACCGGGAACCAGCUGAAGUUUCUCAGUCAAAAGCAGGAUGUGGUUCUGAUAAAGAACCUGCUGGUGAGCGUCCAGUCGCGCUGGGAGAAGGUUGUGCAGCGCUCUGUUGAGAGGGGCCGAGCUCUUGAUGAUGCCAGGAAGCGAGCCAAGCAGUUCCAUGAAGCUUGGAAAAAACUGAUUGAUUGGCUGGAAGAUGCAGAGAAUCACCUGGACUCCGAGCUGGAGAUCUCCAAUGAUCCUGACAAAAUCAAGCUCCAGCUCUCCAAACACAAGGAGUUUCAGAAGACGCUGGGCGGAAAGCAGCCAGUCUAUGACACCACAAUCAGGACUGGCAGAGCCCUCAAAGAAAAGGCCUUGCUUCCAGAUGACGCUCAAAAGCUGGACAAUUUACUGGGAGAAGUCCGGGAUAAAUGGGACACUGUGUGUGGCAAGUCUGUAGAAAGGCAGCACAAACUGGAAGAAGCCCUCUUGUUCUCUGGUCAGUUCAUGGAUGCGCUACAAGCCCUGGUGGACUGGCUCUACAAGGUGGAACCACAAUUAGCUGAAGACCAGCCUGUCCAUGGUGACCUGGAUCUGGUUAUGAACUUGAUGGAUGCUCAUAAGGUCUUUCAGAAGGAGCUGGGGAAGCGCACAGGGACGGUUCAGGUGCUCAAGCGCUCCGGCCGGGAGCUCAUCGAGAACAGCCGAGAUGACACAACCUGGGUCAAGGUGCAGCUGCAGGAGCUAAGCAACCGGUGGGACACAGUGUGCAAACUGUCCGUGUCGAAACAAACCCGCCUGGAACAGGCCUUGAAGCAGGCAGAGGAGUUCAGGACGGCUGUGCACAUGCUGCUGGAGUGGCUCUCAGAAGCUGAACAGACCCUCCGCUUCCGGGGCGCGCUUCCCGAUGACGCCGAGGCAUUGCAGUCUCUCAUUGACAUUCACAAGGAGUUCAUGAAGAAAGUGGAGGAGAAGAGAGUGGAUGUGAACGCGGCAGUGGGAAUGGGAGAGGUCAUCCUGGCCGCGUGCCAUCCUGACUGCAUCACCACCAUUAAACACUGGAUCACCAUCAUCCGAGCCAGGUUUGAGGAGGUUCUCACAUGGGCAAAGCAGCACCAGCAGAGACUCGAGUCUGCACUCUCGGAGUUGGUGGCAAAUGCAGAGCUUCUAGAAGAGCUCCUGGCUUGGAUCCAGUGGGCUGAGACGACACUGAUUCAGCAGGAUCAGGAGCCAAUGCCACAAAACAUCGAUCAGGUCAAAGCCCUCAUCGCUGAGCACCAGUCCUUUAUGGAGGAGAUGACACGAAAGCAGCCGGAUGUGGACCGGGUCACGAAGACGUACAAGAGGAAAGCUACUGAACCCACGCACGGGCCUUUCAUCGAGAAAUCCCGUAGCAACAGAAAAUCUUUGAGCCAGGCAGCCCCCCCUACCAUGCCCAUUAUCUCCCAGUCAGAAACAAAGAACCCCCGGAUCAACCAGCUCUCGGCGCGCUGGCAGCAGGUCUGGCUGCUGGCCCUGGAGCGGCAGCGGAAACUCAACGAUGCCCUGGACCGCCUCGAGGAGUUGAAGGAGUUUGCAAACUUUGACUUCGACGUCUGGCGAAAGAAGUACAUGCGCUGGAUGAACCACAAGAAAUCCCGCGUCAUGGACUUCUUCAGGCGCAUCGACAAAGACCAAGAUGGAAAAAUCACCCGGCAGGAGUUUAUUGAUGGCAUCCUGGCCUCUAAGUUCCCCACCACAAAGCUGGAGAUGACCGCAGUGGCUGACAUCUUUGACCGUGACGGGGACGGCUACAUAGACUACUACGAGUUUGUGGCUGCUCUCCAUCCUAACAAGGAUGCCUACCGCCCCACCACUGACGCAGACAAGAUCGAAGAUGAGGUCACGAGACAAGUGGCCCAGUGCAAGUGUGCCAAGAGGUUUCAAGUGGAGCAGAUCGGCGAGAACAAAUACCGGUUUGGUGAUUCCCAGCAGUUGCGGCUGGUCCGUAUUCUGCGUAGCACUGUCAUGGUUCGAGUUGGCGGAGGAUGGAUGGCCCUGGAUGAAUUUUUAGUGAAAAAUGAUCCUUGCAGAGCACGAGGACGGACCAACCUCGAACUUCGAGAGAAAUUCAUCUUGCCAGAGGGGGCAUCCCAGGGAAUGACGCCGUUCCGGUCGCGGGGCCGAAGGUCAAAACCAUCUUCCCGAGCAGCCUCCCCAACUCGAUCCAGUUCUAGUGCCAGCCAGAGCAACCACAGCUGUGCGUCCAUGCCCUCCUCUCCGGCCACACCAGCCAGCGGAGCCAAGGUGACUCCGCCGGCGGGCAGCAAGCUGAAGCGACCCACCUUCCACUCCAGCCGGACCUCCCUCGCAGAUCCGAAAAAAACUGCCAGUCGUCCCACCAGCCGCGCCGGGAGCCGCACGGGAAGCCGAGCGAGCAGCCGGCGGGGAAGCGACGCCUCCGAUUUCGACCUGCUGGAAACGCAGUCGGCGUGCUCGGACACUUCGGAAAGCAGCGUGGCCGGGGGGCAAGGCGGCUCGCGCCGGGGCAUGGCCAAGCCCUCCAAAAUCCCGACCAUGUCCAAGAAAACCACCACUGCCACCCCAAAAACUCCAGGCCCCAAAAGAUAAUACUGUACCCGUGCCCUCCUGAAAGAAAGAAAGGAAAAAAAAAAAAAAAAACCAACCAACCUGUGUCCAAUUUUUAACCCUGCUACGUACAUUGGAUGUAUAUUUAUUCUAAACGGGAGAAAUUAUAUUGUUAAAAGUGUAAAAGAAUAAUUGUGUUAUGAAGCUGCCUUAUUUGUUUUUUUUUCCUUUUUUGUAAGUUACUAUUUUCAUGUGAAUAUUUAUGUAGAUAAAAAUUGCCUCUCGGCGACCCCUAUUCAAAGAGGGGCCUGGAAAACUGAAAUGUGGGAGAGAAGAGAAAAAAAAAAAGGAAGCAAAAAAGGUCAAGAUGUGAAAGUGUAAAGAAAAACUAAAAUAUAAAUAGGAUUUCUGCGCGGUGCAGGGUGUGAACCUGCUUUAUCUUUUAGGAUUGUUUCCUAAAUGCAUCUUUAUAAACUUAACUUGCUGUCUCAGCAAGGUAAAUUAUAUUUAAAAACAAAGACAUGAAUCCUACAGUGUUCAAGGAACUCUCUUUUUGUAAAUCACAGAUACCUCAAACAGAGAAACAUGAGGUGAGGGGACUUGGGGCUUACGUUUCCAUUUUUUUUAAAGUUAUGUGAUUUUACCUGAAGAAAGUGGAGUUUGAAUUAAUAAAAUUUGCACACGCUACAGCUAAGUUCAUUGCAACUGCUGUCUUUAAAAUACUGUCCCGGCAACUUCAUUUUUAAAGAGCAAACAAUAGUGAUGGGUUUGGGGGAGAGGGUUCACGCUGAAGCUGUCCGGAAGAGACCACACUAGUAAGAUUGCAGGUUUGGAUCACUGAAAUACAUCCUUUCGCGGUGGUGGGAUGAAAAGGGCGUUCUCACUUCCCGUCCUACAAAUUAGAGGAUUCUUCUGGAUUGAUGGCCUACGAGACUGACUCGAGCUGUUAAUUACUGAAUUGCUAUUUAUCUGCAUCUCUUUUUCCUAUUUAUUAUUUAACUGGUCAUUCCACUUCCAACCAGGCUGAGAUUGAUGUGACCUCUGCUCCUAGAAGAAAUCUGGACUUACACGCACAGUCGCUUGUCCUUGAAAUGAGUCUCACCAGCACACUUGCUACGAGUCCUGUCUCGCUUUUGUACGCUACUUUUUCUUUGUAAUAAAAAUCAAACUGACCAAGUGACCAGGAGAGGGGCGGGGGGGAGAGGGCUCUCCGGAGCUCCUGUAUUUAUUAAAUAUUGUUCCUCUUCAGCUCUGACCAUGUUGCUGUGUGAUUCUCUCAAUUGGUUUAAAUUGAGGCAAAACUGAAGCUCUACCAAUGAAUUGUUUAAAAAAACAGACACAUUUUUGUAUUAAAAUUGCUUGCGGUAAUAAACGAUCUUGCCUCCGACUUUA